CAGUCCCAACUUGGAUCUCGUUAUUGGCUUAACAAAUUCAUAGAAAUAGUUUCCUCUUAAACCGUUACUCUAACAGCUCAACAAUGCGAAUGUUUGUUCUUCCUUGUCUCGCCUUGUGCGUGGCAUUGGCCUUUGCCGAAGAAGCCGCCACAAAGGAUAAUAAAGCAACUGCCGUAGCUGCUGCAUCUGAAGAAGGCAAGACUGUGGAAAAGCGUGGUUUAUAUUUGGGUGAUUAUGGGCAUCAUCAUCAUCAUGAGCACAUCAAAACUGUGACCAUUGAAAAGAAAGUACCAGUACCAUAUACAGUGACUAAACAUAUUCCAUAUACUGUAGAAAAGAAAAUUCCAUAUGAAGUUAAAAUAUCAGUACCACAACCCUACAUUGUUGAAAAGAAAGUACCAGUACAUGUCAAGGAAUACGUUAAAGUACCAGUACAUGUACCUAAACCAUACAUUGUUGAAAAGAAAGUGCCCUAUGAAGUUAAAGUACCAGUUGAUAAACCAUACGAAGUCAAGGUACCAGUGCCACAACCCUACGAAGUGAUUAAAAAGAUUCCCUAUGAAGUUAAAGUACCAGUACCAGAACCAUACGAAGUUAUCAAAAAGAUUCCAUAUGAAGUUAAAAUUGAAGUACCAGUACCAAAACCAUAUGAAGUUAUCAAGAAAGUACCAUAUGAAGUUAAGGUACCAGUAGAAAAACCAUACCCAGUUGAAGUACCAAAACCAUAUCCAGUUGAAGUGGAAAAACCAUAUCCAGUUGUUGUAGAGAAAAAGGUACCAUAUGAAGUUAAAGUACCCGUCGACAAACCAUACAAAGUCGAAGUUGAAAAACCAUAUCCAGUACAUGUUAAAGUACCAGUACCACAACCCUACACUGUUGAAAAGAAGGUACCAUACACUGUCGAAAAACCAGUACCAUAUGAAGUUAAAGUACCAAUCGAGAAACCAUAUCCAGUAUAUUCUGAAGUAAAGGUACCAGUUCAUAGGGAAAUACCAAUACCAGAGAAAUAUCACGUUGAAGUGCCAAUUAUUCCACAUAAGGAAGAACAUCAUGACUAUCAUCAUGACUAUCAUAAUUACCAUCAUCACGAUUAAGCCAAACUAUUACAGAUCAUGUCAACGAGUGAACUUACAAUACUUAAUCCAAUCACAACUGUAGCAACAACAAUAUUAAUAAAAACAACAGCAACAACAACAACAACAACAACAACCGCAAAACCAAUAAACACUGCAACCGCAAUAGUGAAAAUUAUUGCAAACAUUCAUCAUAGAGCAACUAAAAGUCUUUACGCAUUCACGUUGAGCUGGACGAGGAGGAGACAAAGAGGACGAGGAGGAGGAGGAGGAGAAAAAAUACGACAAAAAAUAAAACAUUACUCAGAAAUGUUUUUAUUUUUUAAUAUAAGCCAAAUGUGUUAUAUUUUUAGUUUAAGUAUUUUAUUUUUUCUACUUAAUAAGUUAAAGUAACUAA